UGUCUACACCUUUCAUCAGGUCGCAGUGGAUAAUACUGUAAUUCGGGGUCAAUUGCGAGCGACCUUCGUUGAAGAACAACACCUUGCGGAGGACAUCCCAGGAGGACACUGACAACGGAUUUUGCGUCGCCAUUGCGGUCAAUCUGCAUCGCAUCCAGCUACGUUUUCUUUUCUGGCGCGCAUAACCAUACGGAACAUUGCGCUCAGCCAGCGCAGCUCAACGUCCACGUAGGAGGGCGCAUUGCUGUGGGCCGGCGAAGACGAUAUCUCUACUGCGAAUCCUCCUCCACACUGCGACGAGGGUUGAAUUCCACUGCUCUGCAAACAUACAGACGAGCGCAGAUGCGAUAAAGAUCGUGGCCCAAGCACCAGCAAUUUUCCAAGACGAAUCGGCUUUGCGCAAUGCUCAGAACACCACCUCUUCAAACGGCCACGGCCACGAUCGAGACUCUCUGCGGUCGGUUACAAUCAGCGACCCUCCUCGAAGACCGACGUGCCGCCAUAUUAGGUCUCCGUAGCUUCGCGAAGCAAUAUCCAGCGUCUGUGGCCAGUGGAUCUCUUCGCGAAUUGAUUACAACACUGAAGCGUGAUGGACUGGGUGAAGCUAUUACCGGCAAAGUCUCACAGGAUGGGACAUCACAGCUUGGGCAAGAGGGCGGGGACGUGGACACUAUCAGACUGAUUCUUGAGACGUUCCUGAUGUUGUUCAAUCCCGAUGCUUCAUCUCCGGAGGCAGGUGAUGAGAUCGCCUUUUUCAUGGCCGAUGAGUUUUCCAUGCGCCAAGACAACGUCACGCUGUUGCUCUCCCUCUUGAAUCCAACCAGUCCGUUCGCCGACUACUAUACCAGAUUGUACUCCGUACAAUUACUCUCCGCAAUCAGCGCUGCGCGCCCUGAAAGGCUUCAAGAAUGUAUUUUAGCUGCACCGCUAGGUGUCUCACGCUUGGUUGGUGUUCUCGACGAUGUCCGGGAUGCGGUCCGCAAUGCUGGCCUGCUGCUCCUGGUCGAAUUAACGACUGGGGCCAACGAGGACUUGCGCAAGAUCGUGGCGUUUGAGGACGUCUUCGGCAAGGUUUUCACGGUCAUCCAAUCCGAGGGCGGCCUGUCCGAAGCCGGAAUUGUGGCUCAAGACUGUCUAACGCUGCUUGCCAACCUCGUCCGCGGCUCCGCUAGCAAUCAGACCAUGUUUCGUGAAUCAGGUUGCGUUAAACAAUUGCACCAGCUUCUCGUGGCGACGUUUCCUCCCGACCCUGCGGAAGCCGGGCUCCUCGCACAGAAUCGAGAAAAGGCCACAUGGGGCACAUUGCAGCUGAUGAAGUUAUUCUUUACCGCUGGGGAGAGCAACACACCACCCAAUCAGAAUAUGUUUUAUCAUGCAGGUAUAGCUCGACUGCUUUGCGACAUAUCAUUCUCUGCACUUGUGCCUCCGCCGAUACGCGCUUCUGCGUUGGAGACAAUCGCUCUAUUGAUCGCUGGAAACCCGCCGCUGCAGGAACAAUUCGCCGGACUUCAAGUUGUGACUCUGGCAGACGAGCAGCAGAAUGCUCAAAUCGCACAGCAAGCUGUGCGACCAGAUGGAGGACGCCCGGAUGCGGCCGCCACAAAGACAGAGAAAUUCAAGUCAGAACCCCGCCAAUCCUACAUCAUUGAAGCUUUGCUAGAACUAUGUCUGGCAGGCAAUUCAGCAGAUGUUGGAUUGCGUAGCGCAGGGCGCGAUGUUAUCCAGGCUUAUCUAUCACGGCAUGAUCUCAUCAAAUCGCACUUUCUACUGCGCGCCAUCGCUGGAUACGACAACCGAGAAACUGCGGCUAAUGUGCUUACCACCAUGCUACAAAGUCCAACAACGGAUGUGUUCGCCCUCGUGCUUGCUUCAACCAUACUUCAGAGCCUGCUGUCGGGAAAUGAUCCCGCCAAGACAGCGCUUCUGGGCGUAAAAGAAGGUAAUGAGGAUGAAGGCGAGGACGUCAUUACCGCUAUCCAGGCAAUGAGUUCGCAAUUACAGUCCUCCCUUCUACAAGUACCGCGAGACGAGCGAUGUGUCACCGCAUAUGCUGGCGUACUGUCCGUCUUACUGUGGGACUUUCCGAGUGGCGUCAACCAUUUUCUGGCCGAGGGUUCAAGCCUUGUGCAGACUCUCAUCGCCACAGUGAAGGCGGCAAAUGCAGGAGUUGUAGUCGCAGGCGCAUCCGCAGUUCUUCUUGGCAUUGUCUAUGAAUUCAGCACAAAGGAUUCGCCCAUUCCAAGACGUACCCUUGCGCCUCUGAUGCAGCAGAAGCUGGGCAGAGCGAAUUAUCUGGAUGCGCUAUCUGGUCUCCGUCGCGACUCGGCGAUCAGUAAUCAUCAAUUUGAUCGCGAGACGAAUAACGUGGCCGAGAUGUAUCUUGCCUUCGAAUACGUUGACUUCUUCAUCACUGAGUACGCUCGACUCCGUCGGGCGAUAGAUAAGGAUCCAGGUCUAGAAGUCCUGCAAGGUGCUGCCGAUGCGGGUAUCGACCGCGACAUCUUGGACGAUCUGCGACAACAGGUUCAAACCGCCAGAGACGCCCUUGCAGCGGGCCAACAAGAAGCAGCAAACGAAACGCAAAAGCUAGAACAGAGUCGCAAUCUCGCCUCGCGAGAUUUGCAGAACGCCAAUGCAGAACUCGAACGGCUGCGAAAAAUCAAUCAGUCCCUGCAGCAGGAACAUACAAAGGAGGUCGAGAAAGUCCACAAACAAAACGAGCAGAAGGCACAAACUCUCGAGUCUCAGCAUCAGCGGGCUAUGGUGGAAGUCAAACAAGAAGCUGAACGCCGAGUGCACGCUGCAUUACGCGAGCAGGAAGCGCGCUCAGCACAGAAAGCACAAGAUCUCGAACGCAAGAUAGCCGAACUCGGUAAUUCACAUCGGACGGAAGUCCGUGAGCAUAAAGCAGCUCGAGAGCAGCUGGAGACACUUUCAGCAAAGCACACCGAGACUUCUCUCCGCGAAAAAGACCUUGCUGGGAGAUUCGAGGAUCUCCAGCAGAAGUUCACAGCUGCAAGUCAAGAACUGCAGAGUGCGCGUGACCGCGCAUCAAGGGCCGAGUCAGAGCUGUCAAAGGCGUCAACGGAGGUGACAAACCAGGCAGAGAAGAUCGCCGAAAUGACCACACAGCUUAAUGAGCUUCAAGAAGAGGUCAAGAGCCGCGAGAGUGAGCUUGCAUCUGAGCGGGCGGGUUUCGCCGAUCUCGAGAAGGAGCUUGAGGUAGCACGGAGCAGUGCAAAGAAGAAAAGCGCUAGCGAGACCGACAGCGCAAAGCUACUCAAGUUACAAAAGGACCUCGAUACUGCCAACGAGGCUGAAAAGAAUGCGAAAGAGGAGUUGGAAAGUAUGCUCUUGGUCCUCAGCGAUAUCGAAAGUAAGCGAGAUGCGUACAAGAAGAAGCUCAAGGCUCUUGGCGGAGAAAUCAGCGAUGACGACGAGGACGAGGAGGAAGAUGCAGAUGAGGACGGUGGUGACAGUGAAGACGACGUCGACUGAUUAUGCGUCACGAACAUAUCAUGCAUGAGCUUUGAUCACUUCUCGUAAAUUGUGCUCAGCAGCUUUAGUCUGCGCACUCCCGUAGCAAUUUCGCACGGGCGUAUCUAGUCUCGCAGGCACAAUGCCCGUCAUGUAUGUGUAUUCCGAGAUCUAAAGAUGAGGGACACCACCACUCGCUAGUCCCAAAUUAAUAAUGCUAAGAAGACCUUCGCCCAGAAUUAAGCCUGAACUUAACACAAUCAUUGGCGUUCCCUCCCUCUUCCUGAUAGUCGUCCAGUACCACACCACAAGGCCGCCAAAUGUUCGCGCGAGGGUGAAUGAUGGCGUGUUGUACAUGCCCACAGCAACGGCAAUACCUCCGGGAAUGUAUGAUGUCCACCAUGCCUUUCGUGUGUUUCCAUAGAUCCUCAAU